AAGACACGUUGAGCACGACGACGCAAUUCAUUACAAUGAGCGUGGCAACCACCAUGACGAAGAUGAGGUACCUGGGGAGCCCGAGGUGCGUGACCUCACAGCCUCCCCACGGCCCGAGCCGCAGGUGGAGCGCCGGGCCUCUGACCUCACAAACCCUCCUCUCCGCCGGGAGUGGGGCCUCCCCAGCCGCUCCGCUGCGGGGCCGCGCGCGCUCCCCGGCGCUCUCCCUCUCCGACCGCCCGUGGCAGCCAUGAAGGGGACCCCCGGCUCCCUGGAAACCCUGCUGUGGGUCUACCACUUCCACAGUUCCACGGAGGUGGCCCUCCAGCCCCCGCUUCUGUCGUCGCUGGAGCUCGCUGUGGCCGCGGCCCACGACUAUCUGGAGCAGAGGUUCGCAGAGCUUCAGUCGGGGGGGCCGCCCGCUCCGAAGCCCACCCUGGGGCUGCUGCUAAGAGAAGCCGCGGCCAGCGCCGUGAACUUGGGCACCACCUUGCUAGAGAUCUCAGCCCUGUGGCUGCAGCAGGAGGUGCGGAAACUCGGCGGAGAUGCCCCGGACGCCGGAGAUCCGGGUGGCGCGCUGGCCCGGGUGGCCCAGGCUGCGGGGCAGGGCACUCGGCAAGCGGGGGCGGCGGCGGGCGCUAGCACGCGGUUCCUGCUCCAGGGGGCCUGGCUGUGCCUGUGCGGACACGGUCUCCCGGGGUCCGCCUCAUUCCUGCAGCGAUGCGGAAGCCAGCUGGAUCUCGGAACCCCCGGGGAACCGGUGAGUUCGGGAUGGGCAGGUGAUUUGGGAGCCAGAGGUGGCGCGGUGGGGGAGACACGGAACCCUCCCCGCCUCCCCUCCUCCCCCGGCAACAGAGACACGCAGAAGACCUCAAGGUGGCAUCCAGCGGCGGUGCGGAGGAUGGGGGGCCAGAGAACCCACAGGCGUCCCAGACCCACCCUGUGUUCAAAUAAAGCCCAGGCGGAGACGAGGCAGCCAAGGCGGCUCCAGAGUUAUUUGGGUUUGGCCCCGCCCACUCCGGCCCAACCCCCUUAG